ACUCCAGGAAGUUGAAAGUGACUCAGUACGACUUUCUUUUCCAAACUUCUGGUUUGUUUUAGCCGUUUUAGGCGUACAAACGAUUUCGGUGGUUGGAUAACGGUUGUUUAAUUACUUGUAGAAGCUGUUACCGUCGGCAAACGUUGAGUCAGCGUUGAGCAGGAGGACGAACAGGACGUAAAGUUUUAUUACAUCACUAAAAUAAGAUGUCAGUCUCCAGUUUACUGGCUAUUUGUUCCUCGGAACAGCGCGAUGACCAAGUGGCAAAGGUUGACAGAUACCUGCAGCAUCUUCGGCUGUCAGAUCAGACGAUCAUGGAUGUGUCGUUAAGAUUUCGACGAGAAAUGGACAAGGGCCUGUGCAGAGACACCAACGCUACUGCUGCUGUCAAGAUGCUGCCAACAUUUGUGCUCUCAACUCCUGAUGGAACAGAACAAGGUGAAUUUUUAGCUCUUGACCUCGGAGGAUCGACCUUCCGUGUGCUCCUGGUCAAAGUCAGUGCAGGUGGCAAGCAAGAAGUGGAAAUGGAAAACCAAAUUUAUGCAAUUCCUGAAACCCUCAUGAGAGGCAGUGGCUCUGAGUUAUUUGAUCACAUCGCUGAUUGCCUGGCUGAUUUCAUGGAGAAACUUGGCAUAAAGGACAAGAAGCUUCCCCUGGGCUUCACCUUCUCUUUUCCCUGUCAGCAGACGAAAUUGGAUGAGGGUCACAGGGGGCUGGAGCCUAUCCCAUCUGUCAUUGGGCGUGAGGCAGAGUACAGCCUGGACUGGUCGCCAGUCAAUUACAGAGCUGACAUACAAACAACCAGGCACACUCACACCUAUGACCAAUUUAGAGUCACCAAUUCAUCUAACGAGCUGUGGGAGGAAGCCGGAGUACCCAGAGAGAACAAGCAGACUCCACACAGAAAGGCCCAGACCGGGAUUCAAAGCAGGAACCAUCUUGCUAGUAUUUUGAUGUCAUGGACCAAAGCUUUCAAGGCAAGCGGAGUUGAGGGAAAGGAUGUUGUGAGCCUUCUGAGAAAAUCCAUCAAGAAACGAGGGGACUUUGAUGUCGACAUUUUAGCUGUGAUCAAUGACACCGUGGGAACCAUGAUGACCUGUGGCUUUGAUGAUCAUCUCUGUGAAAUUGGCCUUAUUGUCGGAACCGGGACCAAUGCCUGUUACAUGGAGCAGAUGAGGAAUCUGGAGCUGCUGGAUGGCGACGAGGGGAGGAUGUGUGUGAACACGGAGUGGGGUGCUUUUGGAGAUGAUGGUGCCUUAGAGGACCUGCGCACUGAUAUUGACCGUGAAAUUGAUGCUGGCUCUUUGAAUCCUGGCAAGCAGCUCUUUGAGAAGAUGAUCAGCGGCAUGUACAUGGGGGAAAUGGUGCGUCUCAUCCUGGUUAAGAUGACUAAAGAAAAGCUGCUCUUCCAAGGAAAGACUACAGCACAACUCCUCAAAACUGGACGCUUCAGUACCAGCUACAUCUACACCAUCGACACUGACAAAGAUGAAGAGGGUCUUUUGAGUGCUGAAGAGGUGCUUCGAGACCUGGGUCUGGACCCGUCGGUUGAGGACUGCAUUGCCACUCAGAGGGUGUGUCAGAUAGUUUCGACACGGGCUGCGCACCUGUGUGCUGCGUCUCUGGUGGCAGUGCUGCGACAGAUACGGGAUAACAAAGCAGCUGAGAAGCUGCGCACCACUAUCGGAGCGGAUGGCUCUGUUUACAAGAACCAUGCAGAGUUUUCAAGGAGGCUCCACAAGAUGGUCAAUCGACUUGUGCCUGACUGUGAUGUGCGAUUUUUGACAUCUCCAUGUGGCAGCGGAAAAGGUGCAGCCAUGGUAACAGCAGUAGCUUAUCGUCUAGCCGCUCAAAAUGCAGAACGUCAGCGCAUCCUUGACACCCUGCAUUUAAGCCAUGAACAGCUUCUGGAGGUGAAGAAUCGAAUGAGUGAGGCGAUGGUGCGAGGUUUAUCAAGGCAAACACAUGAGCAGACAAGCCUGAAGAUGCUUCCUUCGUAUGUGAGAUCAACACCAGAUGGAACAGAGCAUGGUGACUACUUGGCUCUGGAUCUUGGUGGCUCCAGCUUUCGGGUGCUGCUGGUGCAACUUAGAAGUGGAAAGAAACAUACUGUUGACAUGCAACAAAAGAUCUACACUAUCCCACAGGAGACCAUGCAGAGCACGGGGGAAGAGCUUUUCGACCACAUUGUGGACUGCAUCGCUGACUUUCUGGAAUACAUGGGCAUGAGAGGGGCAUCCUUACCUCUAGGAUUUACAUUCUCCUUCCCUUGCCAUCAGAGCAAACUGGAUCAGGGCAUCCUUUUGAAGUGGACCAAGGGCUUCAAGGCCAGCGGCUGUGAGGGAAAGGAUGUCAUUAUGCUACUCAAAGAUGCUGUCCGCCGCAGACGGGAGUUUGACUUGAACUUUGUGGCGGUGGUUAAUGACACGGUGGGAACGAUGAUGACCUGUAGCUAUGAGGACCCCAAAUGUGAGGUGGGACUCAUUGUAGGCACAGGGACCAACGCCUGCUACAUGGAGGAAAUGCAGAACAUCGAGCUGGUGGAGGGUAAUCACGGUCGAAUGUGUGUCAACGUGGAGUGGGGAGCUUUUGGCGACAAUGGCGAACUUGAUGACUUUUGCACCCAGUUUGAUCACAUUGUUGAUGAAAGCUCUAACUAUCCCGGGAAACAGAGGUAUGAGAAGAUGAUCAGUGGCAUGUACCUGGGGGAGAUAGUGAGGAAUGUGCUAAUAGACUACACUGCCAAGGGCUUGCUGUUCAAAGGCAAACUGUCUGAGCGGCUCAAGACCAGAGGGAUCUUUGAGACAAAGUUCCUGUCACAGAUUGAAAGGGACCGUCUGGCGAUGCGACAGGUCCGCUCCAUUCUGCAGCAUCUGGGCCUCACCAGCUCCACAUGUGAUGACAGCGUGCUGGUGAAGGAGGUGUGUAGUGUGGUCGCCCGCCGUGCGGCUCAGCUCUGCGGUGCCGGAUUGGCAGCUGUGGUCGAAAAGAUCAGAGAAAACCGGAACCUGAAUCAGCUCUCUGUGACUGUGGGAGUGGAUGGCACCCUUUACAAAACACACCCUCAUUUCUCCAGCAUCAUACAGGAGACUCUGCAAGAGCUGGCACCACAGUGUCAGGUGACUUUCCUCAAGUCCGAGGAUGGAAGUGGGAAGGGGGCAGCACUGAUCACAGCCGUGGCCUGCAGGAUCAAAAACGGAGGGCAGAUCUGAAUCGUGACUCCGGUUGUGGACAGGAGGAGCUUCUAGGACUGACUUUCUGCACCAGGUCAUCAAAGAAAGUCCCACAUACUUUGACCUGAGUUUAGAUCUUUGGUACUGAAGUUUUCAAUCAACUUAUUUUGUGUGAGGGGAUACAUAUACAUUUUUGAAUAUGAAUCUUUCCCCAGGUGAUUGCGUGUAACUACAGUAAUGAUUUAGUGUGAAAAGAGCUGCACCUUCUAAACAAUCCGACUGUUACAAUUGAUUAUUACACCCCUGUUUCUGGCACCUUUGAACUCCAGUUUAUCCUCCUAGCUGGGAAUUUUUUCUCAGUAGUUCUUAUAAUUUGAGUUGAAUUAACGUUUCCAGACAGAAGAAAUAGAAAUAGAGAAAUAUUUUUAUACAGGAACUAUUUAACAGGUAAAACAUCACAGUGUGCCUAAGAAUAAGAAAAAAGGACAUUUUAAGGGACUUGGCAACAACAAAUACAACUUGAAAAAAUUGAAUGUAGCAAUGAAAUAAAGCACUCCUAUUUGACUUUUUGAAGUCUUUAGAAACUUAGUUUUUUUUUUUAUAAUACUCUUAAGCCAGAGAUAUACCUGCUGUUUAACCUCAUGUAUGGACCUGGCUGCGUCAUGAGCAUUCAUAUUUGCCCAUACAUGACACAUAGGAUUCCUCUCGAGGGUACACGAGAGAGUUCAUACCUGAUAGGUGAGAUGUAAGCUACAAAUAUGGCAACCCUCAAUGAGGUUAUUACAAUGCUACUUCUGAAACCAGAACAAACAUAAUAAACAUCAGUUAUCAAUAUUUACAUUAGAUCAGCUCAGGCAACUGAUGACUUGUGGUCAGACCAGACUGUCUACAUUCAACAUCGUCCUCUGUGCACAGAUGUAACUGACAUGGUGUUUUGAUUUACUGAGUGCCUGUGUUAACUGGUGACUUUAAGCCAAUUUGUUUGUAUAGCGGCAAUUCAUAACAGAAGCUAUCUCGAGCUUUACAGGGCAGGUCUAGACCGUACUCGCUGUGGCCCAUAGUGGACCAGUGUUAAUUACCACUAGCACAGGACUAGAAGUAUUUAGCCCCGUUACAGUUGCGACUUAAACCUUCCCUAACUACACGCCAAGACUGUCAAGCUGAUCAGACUCAUGUUGCUCUCUGCUGAAGCAGAACUGGAGUUGGAAAGAACUAGAAGGAGAGGCAGGGGUGGGAAGAGCAGGAAGGGAGAGGGACAAGAGAAACAACAAAACAACAAAUGAAAGACAAAUUCAUGGCAGUUGUGACUAUAAAUGUACAGUGAUUAACAAAUUUAUUAGACCAUCCUAACCCUAACCAAAGUAAGGUUUAUGCCACAGCUGUCCUAAAUUAACAGCAUUGGUAACUAGAAAGGCUGUCUGAGGCGGCAGACCCAUGCCUAAGCAGCGCCACCGAGGAACUCACGCUCUCAUUGAUUACUAUGGUGUUCAAAAUUUGAAGUCAGAGAAAAAACCGAAUGGGUGCGCGGAUCAUCACCAAAAUCGAAUCGAUUCUCCCCUGUCACUAUCCCAAUAUUCCCUGAAAGUUUGGUGAGGAUCCAACUUUCCGUUCUCGAGUUAUCUUGUACACAUACAAACA